AUGCCAUUCAAAGUUCGCAUCUCAAAAUUUCGUCAUGUAUUUGGUUCACCUUAUCGUGAACAAGAUUGCUACAAAAAUAUUGCAAUAACACGCAAUGCACAUGAUGGCAGUUUUUGUGCUGUCAAUUCAAAGUUUUUGGCAGUUGUAACUGAAACAAGUGGUGGGGGUAGUUUUCUUGUAUUACUUUUAUCUGAAGUUGGCCGUAUUGAUGUUGAUCAUCCACGUAUAACUGGUCAUCGUGGUCCAGUAGUUGAUCUUAAAUUUAAUCCAUUUAAUGAUAAUGAGAUUGCUUCAUGUUCAGAUGAUGGAACAGUUAAAAUUUGGUAUAUACCCAACGAUGGUUUAAAAGCUGAUACAUAUCAAUGGAAAGUUGAUCUACAUGGACAUCAAAGACGUGUAGAUUAUAUCGAAUGGCAUCCAACAGUACAAAAUCUUAUAUUAAGUGCUGGUCUUGAUCAUCAAGUUGUUUUAUGGAAUGUUGAAAGAGCUGAACCAAUACAAGUUUAUCGAUGUCAUCCAGAUGCAAUACAAUCAAUAGCAUGGAAUAGAAAUGGUUCAUUAUUCGCAACAACAUGCAAAGAUAAACAUAUACGUAUUAUUGAACCUCGUAGUGGCCGAGUUAUUGCGAAAACAAUGGGUCACCAAGGUCCAAAAACAUCAAAAAUUGUUUUUCUAGGCGACACAAAUCGUCUGUUAUCAACAGGUUUUGGAAAGCAAUUUGAGCGACAAAUAUCUAUAUGGAGUCUAAAUGACCUAUCAAAACCAUUAACAGUUGAAACAGUUGAUUUCAGUGCCGGUGCUCUUAUUCCAUUUUAUGAUCAUGAUACGCGUACAGUUUAUUUAGCCGGAAAAGGCGAUGGAAAUAUUCGCUAUUAUGAAGUGAGUGAUCAUGGUGAACCAUAUUUAUAUUUUCUUUCUGAAUAUAAAUCCUCUUCACCACAACGUUGCCUUGGUAUAAUGCCAAAGAUUGGUCUUGAUGUAACGCGUAAUGAGAUUAUGCGGUUUUAUAAAUUAUUUGCUACUGGAUCCGUAUGUGAACCUAUUUCCAUGAUUGUUCCUCGUAAAGCUGAAGCAUUUCAAUUGGAUAUUUAUCCAGACACUCCGGGUCCAUACCCAGCAUUAUCACCGGAUGAAUGGAUAGCUGGUGUUGACCGUGAUCCAAUACUUGUAUCAAUGAAAGACCGUGUUGAAGGUACAAAUAUGCCAAAAAUUACAACAUAUCGAACAAUAGAUUCAACAACAACAACACCUGUUCUUCCUCAUCGUGGAACACCACAACGUACAAUUCAACCACCCGUUGCAGAAGUUGCACCUACACCUAAGCACAACAUUAUUGAUCAGUCACCACCAUCGCCUAUGUCAAUUGAAAAAUUAGCAAUAAAUAUGCAAAACCAACAGCAACAUCAUCAUCAACAACAACAACAACAACAACAGCAAUCAACGUCUAAAGGCUUAAGAAAGAUUGAAUCAUUAAAAAUGCCAGCAACAAGUACCGAAUUCAAUAAUGUUAGUAGCACAAAAGAGGAAAAGAAAUCAGCUGUUCUACAACGACGCGAGUUUGCAACUCGACGUCGUUUAGCGCGUGCAAGUUCAUGUGGCAUUUUAUUGGAUACCAGUGAUGAAGUUAUUUCUACUCCUCUUCCUCCAUCACAACCACUACCACCACCACCACCAGCGCCGCCUGAGCGUAAAAUAGCUCCAUCACACCCAGUUGCUGUAACGCCAGCAACAUUGCCAAAUUCAACAUUGACUCGCAGUCUUUACAAGACACUUCGCUCUACAUUUAAGCCUUUUUCAUCAGCAAAAAAACUAAGUCACGCACAAUCUACACCAGAUCUUUCAUCGUUGGUGUCAGAAAAUAAAAAUGAUGAUGACACAUCAUCAUCACUUGAAAAUCUUUCGAAUAAUUAUGCAUCAAUAAAUUUAUCUCAACAACGUCCGACUGGUUCAAUUCUCAAACGGAGACCACAGCCAGCUCCAGUAUCAUCACAAAUUCAUGAAGAACCUCUUUAUGUUUCAUCGGUUUCUGUACCGUUACAACAGAAUGCUAUUCGAUCUGUUCAAUCCAUGAUUCGUGAUCAGAAUACUGGCGUAUUAGAGAGGGAUAAAUUUCAAACUAAAAUUAGUCAACAGCAACAACAGCAACAACAACAACAGCAGCAGAAUCAACGACAAUCACAAUCACCAACACAUAAUAUCAAUCAAAAUCGACGUAAUCUUGAAGUUAAGAAAAAAGUAUGGAGCGUUGAUACACCUGAUCAACAACAGCAGCCGCAGCCGCAGCCGCAGCCGCAGCCGCAGUCGCAACCGCAGCAACAGCUGUUAUAUCAUUCUAAUGGUAAUGGAUCAUAUCCAUCUAUUCAACAACAAAUGAAUGGCAUUGACUAUCGUCAAGCGUUUUUAAAACAACAAGAAGAAGUUCAAUCAUUGCGUGAGCUAAUGUUAUUAAAAGAUAAUCGAAUCCGUUUACUUGAAGAUGAAUUACGUUUAUUGAAAGUGCAAUGUGAACAUAAAGAGAAAGAACUAAAGAGAUGA